AGAACUUGGGCCGCCUGUGAAGAAUCGUGAGGAAUCGUGAUCGUCAAAUGGUUUCAUCAGCAGAAAUGUAAAUAAUAAUAAUAAUUUCUUCAUCGAGUUACUGCCUUGAUAAAGUACAAAGUGAAAUUACUAACAUGGCUCUUCGCUGCGAUAAAAUGUCUUCGUACAAGCAAGAUAGCAUUUGGUCGUGGUUUAUUUGUUUCUGUACGACAAUUCGCAUGAUCGUAACAAUUGGAUUCACCUUCGCUCUCGGUGUACUUUUUGCUGUUCUCAUGGAAUCUUUCAAGGAAACCCGCGAGAAGACAGCAUGGGUUUCGUCCAUCAUAAUGGGUGUUGGGUGUCUCGUUGCUCCUGUCAUGGGUGGACUCCUCAACAGAUUUGGUGUUCGAAUUACCACUGUAUUAGCAUGUUUGUCGUGUUCAGCUGGCCUUGCAAUGGGUUCUUUCGCCCCACAAGUGAUCGUUCUCUACAUUUCCUUUAGUUUGCCUUUUGCCCUGGGCCUAUCAUUUAUUUACACUUCUUCGCCGAUUACUGUGACUUAUUAUUUCACUAAACGAAGAUCCUUUGCUCUUGGGAUCGUAACAGCGGGUCAAGGUUUGGGAACAAUGAUUAUUGGCCCAACACUACAAGCACUAGUGGACGUUUUUGAUUGGAGAGACACCUUCCGUGUGUUUGCUGGAAUUUUGGCCGUCGUAUCUCUAACUGGAUGUUUUCUUCAUCAUAGAAAACCUUCUCCAGAUGAACAUCCAAGGGGUCCUUCCAAUAAGUUCAGAUUAAACCUCUCGUUAUUAAAGAAUCCCGCAAUUCUUUUACUGGUGAUACGAAAUUCACUUUGUACAUUUGCUCGCCUUGUUCCCUACGUGCAUCUAGUAAAGCAUUGUGAUGAUCUCGGCAUUCAUGCUGACAAAAGCUCAACUCUUUUCCUGUUUCUUGGUAUAUUUGCUACGCUAGGCCGUCUUGGAGGCGGGUUUCUGUGCAAUAUGAGGUUCAUCAAGGUUGGUCUUCUCCAACAAUCCGCAGCAUUUAUUGUCGGAUCUUCCACCAUGCUGCUGAUCCUGGCAAAGACCUAUGCUCUAAUGGUGUUGUAUGUCAUCACCUUCGGCUUUGCUGAUGGGAUAAUGGUAACAUCUUUAAUUAUCGAAUGCAUACAGUCUGUUGAGGAAUCAAAAAGGGCCUCAGCAUUUGGAUUUUUCAUGUUGGUUGGUGGAGUUAUUGGCAUUACCAGUCCGCCUUUAGCAGGGUUUAUGGCUGACAAAUUCGGUAACUACAUUGCUGCAUUUCUCAUGGCUGGUGGAGUUGGAAUUAUUGGCUCCCUCGUUCCAUUUCUUCUUUUCUUGGUUAAAAAUGAGUCAGAACAGAACAUUAAUCAAGAUAUUGACGAGACCGUGGACCAGAAACAAAGCGGGGAUAUCGACGAACAUGAGCUGAAAACCGAAAAUUGUUCUCAAGACUCAACACUAAUAAUUUGCAAGAAUUAUAAAAGGCCACAAUCUUUCAUUGUGGCAAUGGAAAGUCCAAUUUAUUAGUUUUCAAUGAUUUCCACAUGAAAAGGUCGGGGAUGCUUGUCGGACUAUUUGAAUUGAACCCCUAAAGGAGAUCAAUCUGGGUGUGGCUCGAGCUUCAUUUGACCCCGAAAAGAUACCACUUAAAACGGAAUAGGCUUGAUUAUCAGCCACUGUUAAGGAAAUUAAAGGAGCCCAGGCUGAUAGACCGGACUCGAGAGACUAAAAACAAGAAUAAG